ACUUCCAGUUCCGGGUCACGCAGCGGAGAGAAUUUCCGGCUGGGGCCUUGUUGUCGCGGGCGCUUUUCUUCCUCUGGCUGGAACCGCCGCCGCCGCCGCCGCCACCAUGUCGGGCUCCAGCAACGCCCUCAUGAAGCAGCCCCCGAUCCAGUCCACGGCGGGGGCCGUGCCCGUCCGCAACGAGAAGGGGGAGAUCUCCAUGGAGAAGGUGAAAGUGAAGCGCUAUGUCUCGGGGAAGCGGCCAGACUAUGCUCCCAUAGAGUCCCCUGAUGAGGAGGAUGAGGAGUUCCAGUUCAUCAAGAAGGCCAAGGAGCAGGAGCUGGAACCAGAGGAGCAGGAAGAGGAUCUGGCCAGCGACCCCCGUUUGCGCCGCCUGCAGAACCGUAUCACUGAGGAUGUGGAGGAGAGGCUGGCCAGACACCGUAAGAUUGUGGAACCAGAGGUGAUCGGGGAGAGUGACUCAGAAGUGGAGGGAGAAACCUGGCGUGUGGAGCGAGAGGACACCAGUGAGGAGGAAGAGGAGGAGAUCGAUGAUGAGGAAAUUGAACGUCGCCGGAGUAUGAUGCGCCAGCGGGCUCAGGAACGUAAAAAUGAGGAGCUGGAAGUGAUGGAGCUGGAGGAUGAGGGCCGUUCCGGAGAGGAGUCCGAGUCUGAGUCGGAGUAUGAGGAGUAUACAGACAGCGAGGAUGAGACUGAGCCGCGCCUCAAGCCCGUCUUCAUCCGCAAGAAGGACAGGGUCACAGUUCAGGAGCGAGAGGCAGAGGCUCUGAAGCAGAAGGAGCUGGAGCAAGAGGCCAAGCGGGUGGCUGAGGAGAGGCGCAAGUACACCCUGAAGAUAGUCGAAGAAGAAGCCAAGAAAGAGCUGGAGGAGAACAGGCGCUCGCUGGCGGCCCUCGAUGCUCUGGACACGGAUGAUGAGAAUGAUGAGGAGGAAUACGAGGCCUGGAAAGUGAGGGAGUUGAAGCGGAUCAAGCGAGAUCGUGAGGAGCGCGAGGCGCUAGAGAAGGAGAAGGCUGAGAUUGAGCGGGUGCGGAACCUAACUGAGGAGGAACGCCGUGCAGAGCUCCGAGCCAACGGCAAGGUCAUUACCAACAAGGCCGUGAAGGGCAAAUACAAGUUCCUGCAGAAGUACUACCACCGAGGGGCCUUCUUCAUGGAUGAAGAUGAGGAUGUGUACAAGAGGGACUUCAGUGCCCCUACCCUGGAAGAUCACUUCAACAAGACGAUCUUGCCUAAAGUCAUGCAGGUGAAGAAUUUCGGGCGCUCUGGGCGGACAAAGUACACACACUUGGUAGACCAGGAUACAACUUCCUUUGACUCUGCGUGGGGCCAGGAGAGUGCACAGAAUACAAAAUUCUUCAAGCAAAAAGCAGCUGGUGUGCGGGAUGUCUUUGAGAGACCUUCUGCCAAGAAGCGGAAGGUUACCUGAGUGCGAGAGCAGCAUCGGGCACUCAGUGGGGUCCACUUGACCAGUUUGCCCUGUAACUGCUGCUUGGGGCCACAGGACAUUGCUGCAGGUCUGGGCCGGGAUCUGUGUCACCCUUGGGUGAAAGCCCAGUCUCCCUUGAGCUGCCACUUUAUCCUCUUUCUAGGGGAGCUGGCGCAGCUUUGAAGUCCACCUACACCCUCUACAGUCUUAUUUUUAGUUUAUGGUGGGUUUCCCCCCAGCUGUAAAAAAAUGUUUAUAGACACAUGGGGAAGGGGGGUGGGAUGUAUGGAAGAAAAGCAAGUUGAAAUCAUUAUUAAAGGUGUCUCUUGUCAA